AUGUGGAUUAGGACUACUCCGAGAGGGGAAGAGGUUCCGGAAGAAGAAGUAGAAUUGGAUAGGUAUGGGAUGCCUAAAAUUAAAGCAGGGCAGGUGAUAAGGUUGGAUAGUAAUAAGCCGGGUAAGAGUUGGACUGUUUAUAAGAAUGUUCCUAGUUUAGAGGAGGUGAUGAAAGAAGAGUUGCAUGAUGAGGCUCAUAAGGGUUAUAUGGAGGAGUAUGGGAGAUACUCUUGUUCGGAAGCACAAGAGGGGGAAAAAAUUCGAGGUCCCAUUAAAGGAGGGGAUUGGGGGAGUUGUCAUAUCGGUCGUUUUGAUGCCGGAUAUCCAGCGAACUUAGCCGAAAUAGUGAUAGGAAAAACUAUUAUUAGACCUUUGCCUCGGGGUGCCACUAGUGAAAAUCCAGAAGGCUUGGGUAGCCGGGCCUUAAAAAAAUGCUGGGAACUCUGCCCACAUUUUUCUUUAAAGGAAGGAACAUGGAAAGAGGUUUGGCGCUUGGAUUACCGAGAGUUUUACGCCAAUAUUAUGAGAGAAUAUCCCUUACCUUACGGCGAACCAACUCAUAUUAAGGAUCCUGAUGAAAUUUCUAAACAAUUACAAGCCGGUAAAAGUGGUUUUGUCCGUUUUUAUUUAAAAAAUGGGGCUAAGAUUAAAAAACAACAAAUUCCUUUUAUUCCGGAUUAUAACAAUGAAGAGAAAAGAGGGUGCGUCGACCCUUUUUUGGACUAUUGUCAAAAAUUGAGGCAGGCAGAAGAAACUAGCCGGGAGGGUAAAAUUGUGGCCGUUCGUCAUUUAGCUAUUUUGCGACUUUAUAAUCUUUAUCGUCUUUUUGAUCCCCAAAAAAUAAUUGCCAUUAGGGGCGAUGAAAUUUAUGUGCAAGGGGAAUUGCCGACCAAGCUAAAUCGGUUAAACAUUGACACGUCAAUUGCUAGCUUCACUAUUUUACCUAAAGAAGACAAAAACUACAAUAAGUACUACCUCAUUGAAAGGAGUGAAAUAUAUGAAAUUUAUCUCAAUGAGCCCAGUUUAUCCGGAGAAUUGGAUUUAGGAGAUUUUACUAUAACAUGGACACAACUAAAAGUAUAUAUUUCCUUAGAGGUAGAUGAAACUAAACUAGAGAUAAAAAACCUGCCAAAAAAGGCCGAGAUUAUUAAACUAGUCAAUGCUCAAGAAUAUAUCAACCAAAAAUAUCCGACUAAGGAAAAGAGAGAACAAGUAAAAGGAUUGUAUAUAAGAGAUGAAAAUCUCGAAGGGGAAUUAGACUUGUCGGAUUUUAAUAAUUUAGAGGAAUUAGAUUGUUCUUGUAAUAAACUUAUUAAUCUUGAUUGUAGUAAUCUAAUCCAUUUAGAAGGACUUUACUGUAAUGAUAAUUAUUUAACCAAGAUAAUUUAUCCUACUAAUCCUGAGAAAUUAACUUAUUUAGAGAUAAGUGACAAUAAUUUCCCUGAACAAAAUCUAACUUGUUUUAGACAUUUGAUUCAUUUACAAAGGUUGGAAUUGAGAAUUCUAAAUACCGAUAUUGAUUCAGGUUUGGAAUACUUACCCGAUUGUUUAGAAUCUUUAGCAUGCUAUUCUUCAACACAUUCAAUUCCCCAAAGAAAGGCUACCAAAAUUUAUGAGGAAUUGCUUUUUUAUGGUUGGAGACUGAAAACUUGA